AACCGGGAUUGCUAAGCAAAUCAUAAGUUACUAAACAAGGAACUGGUUGUCUUCUAGUCAAGUGACGUUUUUGCUUGAUGCAGUAGUCCUAUAUUUGAAACGCCAACGGUGAUUAAUGUAGAGUGAGUGGGUUAAACAACAGGACAAUUUGCUCUAUUUGCGAUGGCGGGGGCUCCACAAGAGCGUUGGGGCAAUCAGCUCGAAUACUUACUCUCAUGUCUGGGAUAUGCAGUCGGGAUCGGAAACGUUUGGAGAUUCCCAUACUUGUGCUACAAAAAUGGUGGAGGAGCAUUCCUUAUUCCUUAUUUUCUCACCCUUUUCAUCUGUGGAAUACCAUUAGUGUAUCUGGAAACCACAUUGGGACAGUUUUCUAGUUCAGGAUGCAUUGCGAUAUUCAACAUCAGUCCAUUGCUCAAAGGUGCUGGGUAUGCGGCGGUCGUUCUGAACAUAAUUGCAAUCGUUUAUUUCUCCGCAAUCAUGGCGUAUCCAUUACUGUAUAUGUAUCACUCGUUUAGCUCACCUCUGCCAUGGCAAAGUUGUGGGAAUUCAUGGAAUACAGAGAGGUGUACUGAGAUCACUGGUAAUAUGAGCUCUACCUAUGGGAAUGCAUCGAUAACAACUCCAGAAGACGAAUUCUUCCACAUACGACUUCUUCGAAUGUCAUCGAGCAUAAACGAGGUUGGUGGGAUAGUAUGGCCUGUAUUCUGGUGCAACGUCAUCUGCUGGGUCGUCGUGUAUCUCUGCAUCUGCAAUGGGGUCAAGAGCGUUGGAAAGAUCGUUUACUUCACGGUGAUAUUCCCCUAUGUGGUUCUCUUCUGCCUGUUCGUGCGGGGAGUGACUCUACCUGGUGCAUGGAAUGGCAUUUCAUUUUAUAUUUUUCCGGAUUGGGAUCAGUUACGGAACCCAAAAGUAUGGGCAGACGCUGCCACUCAACUGUUUUACUCUCUCGGACCAGGCUGGGGUGGUUUGGUUAGCAUGGCAAGCUUCAACAGAUUCAAUUACAAGAAUCUACGGUCAUCAAUAAUAAUCCCCCUAGUAAAUAGUGGCACUAGCAUCUGGGCUGGUUUUGUAGUAUUCUCAGUACUCGGCUUCGCAGCUGAACGAACAGGGGUGCCUGUGGGACAGGUGGCCAACGCUGGGCCAGGGCUGGCCUUCAUCACCUACCCAGCCGCAGUCUCUAUGAUGCCAGCUCCAAACUUUUGGGCCUUGGCUUUCUUUGUCAUGCUGUUUUUCCUUGGAAUUGAUACUAUGUUUGUGACCAUAGAGGCCGUAAUAGCGGGGGUAGUCGACGAAUUACCAGCUCUCCGCUCCAGAAAGCGCCUCAUCACAUUCCUCACUUGCCUCAUAAUGUUCUGCACUUCCAUUAUAUGCAACACUGAGGCGGGGCUUCACGUGAUAACUCUUUUGGACUCUCACGUAGCUAUAGCGUGCGUGCCCGUGGUUUGUCUGCUCGAGAUUGUCGCUGCCUUGUACACUUAUGGUCCCAAGAGGUUCAGCCGGGACGUACUCUUCAUGACUGGGAAGCCACUACACCGGUUCUGGAUCUGGCAGUGGAAAUACGUCCUGCCAGUCAUCUUAGUUGUAAUCACAAUAUACACUCUUCGUGAAGCAUCAGGGAUUGCUGGCUGGUGCGUGGCGCUUUCUUCGGUGGUCUUCAUACCAAUUUAUGCUGCUAUUGUUGUUUCCAAAAGCGCGGGACCUCUUCUUCAACGCAUUCGUGCCAGCUGUUCCCCCAACAAGCAAUGGGGCCCUUCUGAAGUGGAGGUGCGCCGCAGAUGGCUGGGCAGCCGCAAGGAGAGCAACCUGGCCGUUUUCCUCAACGAACUUGAUAAUUUUGCCUAA